AUGAUUUUUCUUUAUAUAUUUUUAUUGAUAGAUUUAAUUAUAUCCCAAUAUGAACCUAAUUGGGAAUCAUUAGAUAGUCGUCCAUUACCUUCAUGGUAUGAUGAAUCAAAAUUUGGUAUUUUUAUGCAUUGGGGAGUUUAUUCAGUUCCAGCAUAUCAAUCAGAAUGGUUAUGGUAUCAUUGGAAAGAUAUAACGUAUUUCGAUUUUGGUAAAUCAUUUACAGCAAAAAAUUUUAAUCCUACUAAUUUUGCUUCAAUUGUUAAAAGUUCUGGAGCAAAAUAUUUUGUCUUUACCAGUAAACAUCAUGAAGGUUUUACAAUGUGGCCAUCAAAAACAUCUUUUGGUUGGAAUUCAUUUGAUAUUGGUCCUAAAAGAGAUAUUGUUAAAGAACUAAAAGAAGCUAUGGAGAAUGAGAAUAUUACUUUUGGUCUUUAUUUUUCAUUAAUGGAUUGGUUUCAUCCAUUAUUUCUCGAAGAUUUAAAAUUAAAUACAACAUUUUUUGUAGAUCAAAUAUCAUAUCCCCAAUUAUUGGAAAUUACUAAUAAUUAUAAACCAAAGAUUAUAUGGUCUGAUGGAGAAUGGUCAAAAGAUGAUGAAUAUUGGAAAAGUAAAGAAUUUCUGGCAUAUCUAUAUAAUGAAAGUCCCAUAAAAGAUGAUGUUAUUGUAAAUGAUAGAUGGGGAGCUGGAGAUAUUGGACAUCAUGGUGGUUUUAUGACAUAUUCAGAUAACUAUGAUCCGGGAUUUUUAAUUAAAAAAAAAUGGGAAAAUUGCAUGACAUUAGAUAAAAAAAGUUGGGGAUACAGAAGAGAUAUUGAUAGUAAAGAUGUUCACACUAUUGAAGAAAUUAUAGAUUCAUUUGUAAGGACAAUAAGUUGUGGAGGUAAUUUUCUUUUAAAUAUUGGACCGGACAGUAAUGGAAGAAUAAGCCCAAUAUUUGAAGAAAGAUUGAGAAAUUUAGGUAAAUGGGUUCAUACUAAUGAAGAAGCUAUAUUUAAUACAACACCUUGGAUUUAUCAAAAUGAUUCAUCUGAUCAUUCAAUUUGGUAUACAUUAAAAAAACUUCCUUCACCAAGAAUGAUGUAUUUUAGAAAUCAAAAUGUUAACACAAUAUUUGCUUUUAUUCUUCAAAUACCAAAUAAUAUGAUAUUGCAUUUAAAAAGUUUUAAUGUUAAAAAUAUAAAAUCUCUUCAAAUUUCAAUACUAGGAUUUCCGAAAUUUAAUCCUAAAAUAUUUAAAAAAUCAUCUACUAAUGGAAUUUUUGUUGAUAUACAUUCUCUAAACUGUAACUUUCUCAUUAAAUCACGUGGAAAGAUUGUAGUAAAAAUAAAAUUUUAA